GUCAGCGCAGACUUAAAGUGAACGAGCGCGCACUUCCAGCGGCCAUUCAGUCGGAAGAGGGGACACAGUGAAGGUGUGCUGCUGUGCCGUUUAGUCAUACCUCCCUCUGACCGGUUAAUAGAUAGAUACCCCCGUCGCUGUUGUUUUACUCCCCCCCAGUUAAACGGUUAGAUCGAUCAUGUACCGGUACUUCGGGGAGCUGUUAUCCCGCGGGGCGGGCAGUGCCCUGGCCUCGGGCUGCGUGGAAUCUGCUCUCCCAGCAUCGGCCGCUCUGAUGCGGGUCCGACAGUAUAGUGAACAGCCCGACGACCCCAACUUCUUUCGUAUGGUGGAGGGUUUCUUCGACCGCGGAGCCGCCAUCGUUCAGGACAAGCUUGUUGAGGACCUGAAGAGCAGGGAGACCCCCGAGCAGAAGAUGAAACGAGUGAAGGGGAUUCUCCGCAUCAUCAAGCCCUGCAACCACGUCCUCAGCGUCUCUUUCCCCAUCAAGAGGGACAACGGAGAGUGGGAGGUAGUGGAGGGCUACCGCGCACAGCACAGCCAGCACAGGACGCCCUGCAAGGGGGGGAUCCGUUACAGUGAAGAGGUGUCUGUUGAUGAGGUGAAGGCUCUGGCCUCUCUGAUGACAUACAAGUGUGCCGUGGUCGAUGUACCAUUCGGGGGGGCUAAAGCUGGUGUCAAGAUCAACGUCAAAAAUUACUCUGACAAUGAGUUGGAGAAGAUCACUAGAAGGUUCACCAUUGAGCUGGCCAAGAAAGGUUUUAUUGGGCCUGGUAUUGAUGUUCCUGCACCUGACAUGAGCACCGGAGAGAGAGAGAUGUCCUGGAUCGCUGACACAUACGCCAACACCAUCGCACACACCGACAUCAACGCCCACGCGUGUGUGACAGGCAAGCCCAUCAGUCAGGGCGGGAUCCACGGGCGUAUCUCGGCCACCGGUCGCGGAGUGUUCCACGGAAUUGAGAACUUCAUCAACGAGGCGUCCUACAUGAGCAUGCUGGGCCUGACCCCCGGCUUCCAGGACAAGACCUUCAUCAUCCAGGGCUUUGGUAACGUGGGUCUCCACUCCAUGCGGUACCUCCACAGGUACGGUGCUAAGUGUGUGGGCAUCGCUGAGUAUGACGGCAGCAUCUACAACCCAGAGGGCAUUGACCCCAAGCAGCUGGAGGACUACAAACUGCAACACGGUUCGAUCGUAGGUUUCCCCGGGGCUAAGCCAUACGAGGGCAGCCUUCUGGAAGCUCAGUGUCACAUCCUGAUCCCUGCCGCCAGCGAGAAGCAGCUCACACGAAACAACGCCCACAGGAUCAAGGCCAAGAUCAUUGCUGAGGGAGCCAACGGCCCCACCACCCCUGAUGCUGACAAGAUCUUCCUGGAGAACAAUGUCAUGGUCAUCCCUGACAUGUACCUGAAUGCAGGUGGUGUGACAGUGUCCUACUUUGAGUGGCUGAAGAACCUGAACCACGUCAGCUAUGGAAGACUCACCUUCAAAUACGAGAGAGACUCCAACUACCACCUCCUCAUGUCUGUUCAGGAGAGUUUGGAGAGGAAGUUUGGAAAGCAGGGAGGACCGAUCCCUGUUGUCCCCACCGCUGACUUCCAGGCCAGAGUCGCUGGAGCUUCUGAGAAGGACAUUGUCCACUCUGGGCUGGCCUACACCAUGGAGAGGUCUGCCAGGCAAAUCAUGCGUACGGCCAGUAAGUACAACCUGGGUCUGGACCUGCGGACGGCUGCGUAUGUCAACGCCAUCGAGAAGGUGUUCAAGGUCUACAACGAGGCCGGCAUCACAGUCACAUGAUCACCUUGUCACAGCCAGACCACUCCCACACCACCCUGCUAUUGGUUCACCCUGUUUCCCCAUUUUCCAAUCAGCCUUCAGUACAUACCAGUGUUUCCAUUAGAGACCCCCGCCUCCCGUUUAUACACACACACACUGACACGUACUGUGUUCUGUGUCCCAUGACCUCGCCACAUCUCCCUGUAUCACGUGGGUAACUCAGUAUUCCUGUGUCGUCCUGGAUGUUUCACUAUUGUCGUUCAGUUUGUGAAAGAAGCAGAUUGUAGCAGGAAGCUUUAAGGCCCCCUCCUAUAAGAGUUCCCUUUUGGCCAUUUUGUCUUGUUUGACCCUUGUGUUGCCAUGGUUUCAGACCACAACAAUGAAGUUGCCUUAGCUCUGACGGAGCUCUGUACUGAAAAGACACACAUACUGAAAUCCAUUUAAUGUUAACUCCGGACAUAUACUUUAUUUAAAGAAAGAGAUAGUUUUAAACUCUAACUUUAUGUCAGGGAAUGGUGAUAUAUGUGUUCCUCAGUUCUCCUCGCAGCGGGGUUAGAGGUCAGGGUUAGAGGUCAGGGAUCAGGGUUGUGCCGAGGAACACAGGGUUCUACUGGGUUUGGUCUCCACUAUAUCAGUCCCCCCACCUUCUGCUCCUAUCUUGUCCAAUCUGACCCUCCCCCAAACCCUCCGCUCCGCCAUGAGAGAGAGAGGAGGAGAGGAUCAUGGGAACAAGCGUUCUCCUUCUCCAAAAAGCCGUCCAAACCCUUGCACGGAAAUUGCUUGGGGAAAUUUGUAUUGCCUUUUUUUUGUUGAAAACCAAUAAAAUUGUGAGAACUAA